CCAUUUAACUUGCCUCGAGAAGCCGAGCGAGAAUUCCUCGAGAAAAAUAUGAAAGCGUUCCCUUCCCUCCCUCACUCUCGCCCCGUACAAAUUAAUGCGCCCCGCCGUUUCUGCGCAAGAAAACAACAGCGAGGAGAAACGUGAACGCUAAUUAAGCAACGGGGAGCGAAGAUGGUAAAUAGCGAGGCGGGAAGAAAAGCAUCGGGUGUGAAUAAACCGCCGUGUCGUAAACCGUGAUGUGUCGCACGUACUAAUUAUUUCUGCAUUAUUUGUCUUUAAUAACAACAAUCUGUAUAAAUAAUACAUCUUUUGCGUAACGCCGCGACAUCGAGGGGACCGAUGCUGUUAGCGAGCGUGUUUCUCUCUACGCGCGAUCACCGCGGCGUCGCGUCGCCGCCGCCGCGGAUCCCGCGGGCGGGAUACACGAUUUUCCGAUAUAUAUAUAAAUAACACGCGAGUUAUAUCUGCGUGCGCGUUAUGCCUCUUAUCUGUAAGGAUAAUAUACUUUUUGGCACUUACUAAUAAUUAAUCGAUACCUCGGGAGGGGCGAAAGGAAGGGGGAUUUAUUUAUUAAACAUUAGAUGGGUGCGUUAGGCUCGAUUUCGCGCGAAAGAGAGAGAGAGAGAGAGAUCCCUCGCACGAUCCCUUCCCUCAUCUCGCGCCUCCUCGCCUCCGUCUUUCCCCGAACUCCGCCUUCAGGUCGUUUCCCAGUGAAUUUUAUACAGGAGAGUCGAAUAUCUCUUUCACCGCUAGAGAAUGCCCGGGCUAGUUCAGUACGUGGUGGUGCGGGGAGAUCUUGCGAGGACGAUGGGGUGGCCGUUGGGCGCCGUGGUCGCCCAAGCGUGUCACGCGUGCACCGCCGUUAUCCAUCUCUUUUACAACGACGCCCACACGCGGGCCUACCUCGCCGAUUUGGACAACAUGCACAAGGUGGUCCUCGAGGCCGCCGACGAAGCCGAUCUGCAGACGCUGUGCGCGAAACUGAUGGAGGACGACGUUCAGCACAAACUGUGGGUAGAACAGCCCGAGAACGUCGCCACGUGCCUGGUGACGAAGCCCUACCCCAAGGACAAGGUGCAGUCGUACUUCAGGAAGUACAAGUUACUCAAAAUGUGACGGAAAUGUAAAUGGCAAUAAAUGCGGCGACAAAUCGCGAUACCUCGACGGAAUGUCUCGAGUUACUUUCUCCACGUUACACCGAAUCCAAAUUAAUCCUCCCGGUGCCGUUUCCGAGAGAGAGAGAGAGAGAGAGAGAGGGGGGGGGGUCUGGAAAGAGGUCUCCGAGGAUCUUCAAUUCGAGCGAAACGCGCGAGAUCGCACGGCUGCGAUCGAACGCGAUAACCGAAAGAUCCGACAGCCCCGAGAGGCUCCGCGGACGAGACGCGACUCUCCGGCGCUCGCGCGAGAUAAAUACCGGCUCUUCGCAGGGGAAUGCCAUUUAUAUUUCACUCCAUUCGAGCGUCGGGAAGAUCAAUGCUCCGGAGAUAAGCCGCGCUCCACGCGCGCGGCUCGAACGUGGCGUCUGCACGUCGAUAUCGCAAACGGGCGGCACCUCGGCGCUAUUUUUUUUCCUUAUCCUCUUCGUUUUUCCCUUCCUUUUUUCCGCGCGAGCGACGAUCGCCUCGACGUAUGGAAAAUAUUUGCGCGCGCGGAGAAACGGGCUGCGAACGUCCGGGAGAGACCGAGAGAGAGGAAACUGCGAGACGGCGCCGCUGCGUUCCGAUAUUUCUGACACGCUGGCAAGAUGUGCGCUCACUGAUUCAUUCCACGAUACCUCUCGCAACUAUAGACAAUGCGCGUGCACAGUCGUGCAACCCUUUCUCUGCGUUUACGCAUACAGCACUAGCGUUUAGAGUACGAUACUAAUCUAGACGGGAGUAAGGCUGACGGCAGAGAACGAUGCGUAAACGCUUGAGACUGUCUUAUGCCCGUUUCUACCGCUGCAGAUUAUUAACUUUAAUCUCGGCUUAAAUUACUUCUCGUUUUCGAAUUUUUAAAAUUAGAAAAGGAUACAAAGCGAGUUAAACCGGGAUUAAGGUUACUCCGCGUCGGUAGAAACGGGCGUUAGUCGUAGACGUAAGGUAAAGGUGAGAAAAACGUAAGUCGUGUAUACAAUAGUUCACCUUUCUCUCUGCCAUUUCUACCAAUGUAGAUUAAUUUUAAUCUCUGUUUGACUUACUUUCCGCCUGUUUAUAGUUCUAAGAAUCGGACAAGUGUAAAAAGUAAGUUAAGCAGUCGGGGUUAAAGUUAAUCUGCAUCGAUAGACGUGGACAUAAGACGGUCUUGAGCGUCUACGGAUCGUUCCCUGUUACCAGCCUAACGCGGGACAGCGCGCCAUUCAUCAACUAUUAAUAUAUCAAAAAAAAUUCUCUCCCGUCGCGCGAGUCUACGGUUGCUCUUCGGUGAAGGUACGGCGAAGCUCGGCUUUUCACAGGUAUGAAUCGGUGUCCUCCGCCGCGGGAUUAGUCGAAGGGCGGCCUGAUUCGCGCGCCUUUCCCAGGAAUCUCCCGGGACGUCUGACGUGGCACGGUCCCGCAUCUCUCAGUGCCGGUGUUCGGCAAUUUCGCGGAAAGUAUUCGCAUAAACGAGAAAAAGAGAAGAGAACGAAAAGGUGAGCCUUUUCUUAGGCGCGCCUCAGGCCGCGGCUGGGAGCUAAUCCCAUCGGCGGUGCGUCGCGAUUUUUCCUCGUGUCUCGCUUCAAACCGCGGGGAGUGUGUCCUUCCGCUCGUCGCAGUGAGAUUCGCAGGCGUUCGAGUUCGCUCGACGUGCGCGACCUCCGUCCCCCAUUUCCUUUCGGGAUUAUCUCCUUGUCCUUGUUCAACUCCAGAGUGUCUCUCCGCAGUCCUGACGAGGAUCGCGAGUUCACCCCGGAAGACUCCUCUUCGUCCUCCCCCGCGCGCACGGGACCGAAAGCAUCGAUCGCGGAUCCAUCACCGUAUACUUUUGUAUGUAUGCAUGUAGUGUGUGUAUGUGUGUGUGUGUGUGAUACUUUACGGGCGAACCGUAUUUUAGCCGACGACACGACCGCGACGGUACGGGACCGUCGUCGUCGCGAUGCGAUCGUAGAUUCGCAGUAAGCUCUAAUUAUUUAUGUACACGCACUGCGGACGCUAGACACUGUAAGUACACAUAUUUACAACACUCUCGAUGGCAAGAUGAUUAUUUUGGCGUAUAUAUAAUAUGUAUAUAUAUAUAUUUUUUUUUCCUUUCUCGUAACGCGGUCGUAACGAGA